AUGACAUUCAAGCAAGCAUCCAUGAUGGCCCCGGAGGCCACAGCCAGCACGCUGCCCAUGAACACCAUGGAGAACUCCACUGAGGCUGCAGGACCAGGCGAGAACAAGGAGGACAUGUUCACCAAGCUGAGGGACAAGUUCAUGAAUGAGCUCAACAAGAUCCCCUUGCCACCCUGGGCCCUCAUUGCCAUCGCAGUUGUGGCUGGACUCCUCAUCCUCACCUGUUGCUUCUGUAUCUGCAAGAAGUGCUGCUGCAAGAAGAAGAAGAACAAGAAGGAGAAGGGCAAGGGCAUGAAGAACGCCAUGAACAUGAAGGACAUGAAGUCAGGCAACCAGGACGACGAUGAUGCAGAGACGGGUCUGACAGAGGGGGAAGGUGAGGAAGAGGAGAAGGAACCAGAGAACCUGGGCAAGCUGCAGUUCUCACUGGACUAUGAUUUCCAGGCAAACCAGCUCACAGUGGGGAUCCUCCAAGCUGCUGAACUGCCAGCUUUGGACAUGGGUGGCACUUCAGACCCCUAUGUUAAAGUGUUCCUGCUUCCUGACAAGAAGAAAAAGUAUGAGACCAAAGUACAGAAGAAGACCCUCAACCCGGCUUUCAAUGAGACCUUCACCUUCAAGGUGCCCUACCAGGAGCUGGGUGGGAAGACACUGGUGAUGGCCAUCUAUGACUUCGAUCGCUUCUCCAAGCACGACAUCAUCGGUGAGGUAAAGGUGCCCAUGAACACAGUGGACCUGGGCCAGCCCAUUGAGGAAUGGCGGGACCUGCAGAGUGGUGAGAAGGAGGAGCCAGAGAAGCUGGGAGAUAUCUGCAUCUCCCUCCGGUACGUGCCCACGGCUGGGAAGCUCACAGUCUGCAUCCUGGAAGCCAAAAACCUGAAGAAGAUGGAUGUCGGGGGCCUCUCAGAUCCCUAUGUGAAGAUCCACCUGCUGCAGAAUGGCAAGAGGUUGAAGAAGAAGAAGACCACAGUCAAGAAGAAGACCCUGAACCCUUACUUCAAUGAGUCCUUCAGCUUUGAGAUCCCCUUUGAGCAGAUACAGAAAGUGCAAGUGGUCAUCACAGUGCUGGACUACGACAAGCUGGGGAAGAACGAAGCCAUUGGCAAGAUCUUCACAGGCUUGAACUCCACUGGCACGGAGCUACGGCACUGGUCCGACAUGCUGGCCAACCCCCGGCGGCCAAUUGCCCAGUGGCACUCACUGAAGCCAGAGGAAGAAGUAGAUGCAGCUCUUGGGAAAAACAAAUAG